UCACCUAAUCUUACUAAAUGGAUAAGAUACAUAUUUUUAUGAUGACAAAACCCACAAAUAAUAGCCUAUCCCCUAAGCCAAAGAUUUCACAAACAAUCCACAUGGCAAGCAUUCUUCAUCCCUCAUCCUUUCUUUCCUCCUCCUCCUCUUCCUCCUCCUCCUCCACCACCACCACCACCACAAAACCACCAGUUCCACCACCUUUUUCCAGACCCCAAUCCACCUUAUCACCACCCUCUAAACCCCUUUUAACAAAAUUAACCACCACACUAACAUCCACAGCAUUAGCCACAGCAAUACUAACAACCUCUCCUCCUUCUCUGGCAGAUUCCCCCACAACCUACAACAUUUACUACGGCACAGCUGCUAGCGCCGCCAAUUACGGCGGCUACGGCGGAAAUUCCGACAAGAAAGCGUCGGCUGAGUAUAUUUACGACGUCCCCGGUGGAUGGAAAGAGCGUCUGGUGUCGAAAGUUGAGAAGGGCACAAAUGGUACAGACAGUGAGUUUUAUAACCCGAAGAAGAAAUCUGAGAAAGAGUACCUUACUUACCUUGCUGGGUUUAGGCAAUUAGCACCUAAAGAUGUAAUCCUGAAUAACUUGGCUUUAUCUGAUGUGAAUUUGCAAGACCUAAUUGCUAAUGCUGAUGGGGUUACAUCAGAAGAGAGGAAAGAUGAAAAUGGGCAAUUGUAUUAUGACUAUGAAAUUGAUGGAGUUUCUGGUCAUAGCUUGAUUUCUGUUACUUGUGCUAAGAAUAAACUGUAUGCUCAUUUUGUCAAUGCGCCGGCGCCGGAAUGGAAGAAGGAUGAAGACAUGCUGAGGCACAUCCAUCAGUCUUUUAAAACUGUUGGGUAAUAUAGCAAUUGCAUUUGUUUAUAUAGAGUCAAGAGUUUUGGAAUAUGUAAUAAAUGGUGAAGGAAAGAGAUUUUCAUGUUCAUAGCUUUUUCUGGGAUGUGUGCUUGACAAUGAUAAGAUUGAGACACUCAAUAUAAUCACUAUCUCUUCAAAUUGA